AUGUUUGAAACAAACUACAUGCCACUGAAAAUUUUUGCAUGUCGUUGUCGCACGGAAGUUAGCUCUAAAACACCAUGUGAUGAAAAACUUGCAGUAAAAAUACCCCGUCUAGCUAGAAGUUGGCCCUUAAUGAAUUUAACGCAAUGUAUGCGGUAUAAUCAACAAAGACUUCAGUAUGUAACACAUGGAGUGGAGAGAGUGUUUCUCACAUAUACAUCCUAUUGCUACACCGAAAUGACUUUAAAAAUGAAUGAAAACGAAGUAAAAUUUGAUGUGUCAGGUGGUGCGGUGACUCAUACAAUAGCUAAUAACGCUGGAAAACAUCUGGAUCAUAUCGCAUACGCCAUGUGGCUUGAGACAGGAUCACUAUCAUCGCUUUGCACUUCAAUCCGGAAAGGGCAAGCAUAUUGUUUCUGCCGUUCGUACAAUAAUCAUGGCGAUGCAUGUAAUGAAUAUGUGUGGGAAAGAGUGAAAUUACAGAAAAUUCUAAUCAAACAAGAACUCGAUUUUAAGAUCCGUAAGGAAUAUCCGAAUACUCUGUCAGAUCAUUUAGUGCGGAAAGGAGAAGCAUGGUGUCAUUCUCCUAAUGUUUAUGGAACUUUGGACAUUGAUGAAGAAAACGAAGACGUUAUAACGAGUGGAAAAUGUGUUCACCCAAAGCAAAAAAUGUGGGAUGGUUAG